AGCAUGCCAUAUAAAAAGCAAAAAGGGUAUGAGAUAUGACAUUAAUUGGUUACUUGACUGUUUACUUUUAAAAAUUAGGUCACCAUCUCUCUAUGAAUUUUUGAGAAAUAAUGAUUACUUGCCUUUACCCUGUCAGUCUACACUGCAUCAAUAUAUCAGAGGCAUUAAUGCCAAAUUUGGAUUUGAUGAAGAUCUUUUUGUUAUUUUAAAGACAAAAUUGGAGACUAUUCCACAAACAGAAUGCCAGGGACGAAUUACAGCAGGUGAUCAUGGCCUAGUGUUUAUGUUCAGACCUCACUUUGCUAGUUGGGUACAAUGUAUUGGCACAUUCUGUUCAAAAAGCUCUGUCUCAGGUUCUACUGUUGCAAAACUUAUUUUGCAAGCAAUUAUUCAUUUAGAACAGUGUGGUGCAAUAGUCAAUGCAAUAGUUUGUGGUGGUGCCAGAACAAACAAAGCAGCUUUAAAAGCUCUAGGAAUUUGUGCAGACACAAAUAAUAUACAAUGCUCAUUUACAAACCCUGCUGCAGAUAGACAAGUACUGGCUAUUAUUGAUAUACCACAUAUUUUAAAAUGUAUGCGAAACAAUCUUUUGAAAAGUAGAUACUUUUAGGUAAAACUAAGAAAAUAGUGUUUUCACCUAAUUUAUAA